AUGUUUGACAACGACGUUUCUUAUUUAUAUUUAAAUGACUUUUUAACUUUAUCGUCCUCAAAUGAGAAAGAAUUAGGUACGAAAGUAUCACAUUCUGUUGAAUAUCGACCAAUUCGAACUCGUAUUUGUCGAAUACCAACUGAAACAUUAGAAACUGGUCAUCGAACAAAGCAUAUAAUAUUAUUUCGUGAAGGAGCUGUCAAAUGCGAUAAACAAUGUAGAAGAAAACAACUUGGCGUGCAACAAUUAAAGGAAAAGAAUAAAUUAUUUGAAGAUAAUCUUCGUAAACAAGUUCAAGGAUUGAUAGAUGAACAAUCACAUUUAGAAAAUCAUCUUACAAAACUUCAAUCACCUACAACAGAUUUCAAAACUGUAAUAAAUAACAAUGUUUGUACAGAUUCUUUUACCAAUUUAUUUUUAACGGAUAAAGAAAAAACAUCAUUAUUGUUUAAUCAAUAUUCACAUGAAUAUGAUCCUUUUAGUUUGUCAAUAACAAAUUUAUUACAUUUUGAUCAUAACACUGAAGAUAAUUUCGACACGUAA